ACCACGCAGUGACGUCAUACGCACUACAGGAAGUUGUGCAUCGCUUCCGGUUCAGUCGCUCAUCUCUCCACGCCGAAAAUGUCCGGCUACUUGAGCCUUCAGUCAGCGGUGCUCCGUCGGGCACUAAGAGGAUCWUUUAGCCUCCAGAACCGGACGCGGACCGGCCCAGCUGCCGCCGCCGGACUCAGGUUCUCCUCCAACGCUCCACGGGAAGGAAAGACGGAGCUGAUAGAGUCCACGGAGGAGUACAAGUUCGUGGAGAGGCUCAUCCCUCCCACGCAAGUUCCCGACCCGCCGAAACACGUCGGAGCCGCCCCUUCCGGCUGGACCCCCCCGGCUGAGACUCCGCCGCCUCUCCCGUACAUGAUCCGCCGCUCCCGCAUGCACAACGUGCCGGUGUACACCGACCUGACCCACGGCAACCGCAAGAUAACGAUGGUGCGCAAGGUGGAGGGGGACAUCUGGGCUCUGGAUAAGGACGUGAGGGAGUACCUGAAGGAGGUGACGGGCAAGGAGCUGCCCACACAGGUCAACGAGGUCACCAAUACCCUGAAGGUCAAAGGUCACUUCGAUCAGGAGCUGAAGGCCUGGCUGAUCAGCAAAGGCUUCUGAGACCGAAACACUUCCGGUUUCUCCAACCUGAGGAUCUGAACACUUCCGGAACGCUUUGCUGUGAUUGUCAAACUGUACAUAUUUAGAGUUUUUGUAACAUAAAACCCAUUUCCAUCUGUUUAUCACAGCAGGAAAUCUCAAACAUGGUUUUACAUCAUGUUAUUAAAUAAAACCUGAAACUCAGAGUGAA